GUCAAGUCAAGUCAAGUCAAAUCAAGUCAAAUCAAGUCAAGUCAAGUCAAGUACCUAUCAUCUGUAUGAAAUCAAGCUCAGCUCAGCUCAAAAAAGACCCCGCAUCAAUCCAAUUCCGACCAUAUCGCCGAUUUGUAGAAUACCUUACGUCGGAGUUGCGUACUCGGGUUAAGAUUCGCGAGAGAGAGAGAGAGGGGGAGAGAGCUUCUUUCGACUCUAUACUUUGCUCUUGUCUUUACUAUUUUACAUACAUUUCCAUUCCAUUACAUAUCAUUACAUCACAACCACCACCACCACCACCACAACAUCACGACAUCUUCCAACCAAUUGUCAAGAACUCGUUCACUCACCACAACAUCGUCCAUCAACCUCAUACAUACCCUUCUUUACCCCAACUCGCCUCUCUAUACACCUCACCAAGACCACCACCACCACCUCCUCCUCCUCCUCCUCCAAAAUGUGGACAAAUCCCCGUUCUCCCUCCCCAAAAAUGUGGUCACCACGCAACCCCCCUCCUCAAUCCUCCCACCGAUCCUCACACUCACAAUCCCAUCCCUUCUCCCCCCUCUCCCCGCUCACUCCCUCCGGGCCCUCGGGAACCUUUCCCGCCCCAACCCAAAAACUAAAGAAUCAAGGAAAACGCAUUGCGCAGAUUGUGAAGAUCAAACCGGAAUGCGUGGAAUUGUAUAAGGAGUGUCAUGCACGGGUUUGGCCGGAAGUGUUGAAACAGAUCAAAGAGUGUUAUAUGGAGGAUUAUUCCAUCCACUACGAUCCCCAACACAAUCUCCUCUUCGCAUCUUUCAAAUACGUAGGCUAUGACUAUGCAGGAGACAUGGAAAAGAUGCGAGAAAAUCCCAAGGUGCGAGAGUGGUGGGCCAUGACGGAUUCGUACCAGGAGAGUUUGGUGGAGGGAAGUACAGGGAGUACGGAUGAGAGGGGUUGGUGGAAGGGUGUCGAGGAGGUGUUUUAUGUUGCUUAGAGCUGGGAAUGUGGGAGCGGAGCGGAAGAGUAGGAGGAUUUUCUAUAUUUUCCCGAGGAUGAGGGAUAUGUGAUGUGAUGUGAUGUGAUUGGAUUGGAUUGGAUUGAAAUCACAAUCAUCACAGACAGCAAUUAAAUCAGAAACAGAAACAGAAACAGAAACAAGAGACGAGUCAAAAGAGAAGGGGAGGGCAGAGCAGAGCAAAGCAAAGCAAAGCAAAGCAGGAAACAGCAGAAUAAAAAAUAUCAAAGACAAGACCCGAUCAGACAAGACAAAACAAGAAAAUAUGAUCCCAUAUAAUCUUGAAUCUUCACGCUCGAAACCAAGCCAAAAGUCUCAAGUCUCCAGUCUCCAGUCCAUGAAAAUAUAUUAUAUACGACUGAUUCAAUGAUAUACAUACAUAUAUACAUAUAUACAUGGAAACGAAUAUAAAUAUCCAAUCUCGCAAUCCCA